GCUAUCGACAUGCCAGAUGUCGACCUUUGGGAUUUCCUCUUCGAGCAGCCGAAAGAAUUCUCCGAAGACAAGAAAAUCUACAUCGACUACACCACCUCGGCAGCCUACAGCUACAAAGAUGUCAAACAGCAGGCAACCAAGUUAGGCUCCCUCGUCUCCUCCAAAUGGUCUUGGCAAAAAGGCGAUGUCCUAGCAAUCUUCGCCUCCAAUUCCAUCGAAAUUCCCUCCGUCAUCUGGGGAACACACUACUGUGGCGGCACAGUUGCACCCAUGAAUCCAGCCUAUACAGUCGAGGAACUCACAAGACAGCUUCUACUCAGCAAGACAAAAGCUAUUUGUACGCAAAAGAAAUUUUUGCCUACUGUUAGAGAGGCUGCGCUUGAAGCUGGUGUUAGUCAAGCGAUGAUUUUCUUAAUUGGGCCUGAGGAGUGUCCUGGAACUGACUCUUUGCAUCAUAUAUUGAAGUUGGAUGUGGCGAUUGUGCCUCGCUCGCCGGUGUCUAGUCCAGAGCAGGAUUUGGCGUUCUUGGUGUUUUCGAGUGGGACUACUGGGUUGCCUAAAGCAGUCAAAUUGACGCAUCGGAACGUCGUGGCGAAUAUACUGCUACUGAAAGCCGCUGAGACUGAGAUUAGCCAUGCUGGUGGGCCUCAAGGACAGGGCGAUCGACUGUUGGCUCUACUUCCCUUUUUCCACAUCCUGGGUCUGAUGGCGGUCGUUCAUUCAUCGAUCUACAAUGGCCUCCAAGUCGUCGUCAUGGACCAAUUCAAACUCGACACUUUCUGCCAAGCAGUACAGGACUAUAAGAUUACAUAUAUCCACGUCGUCCCACCGAUUGUACUGCAGCUUGCAAAGUCAUCAAUCGCAGAUCGCUAUGAUCUGUCCAGUAUACGUAUGCUGGUCUCGGCUGCGGCACCGCUGUCCGCUGAACUGGUGCAUGAGCUCUGGAGAAGGCGCUCUAUCAAGGUGAUUCAGGGAUACGGGCUCUCAGAGACUUGUGCUGGUACUCAUAUGCAGGCAUGGCAAGACUGGCAAACAAGCAUCGGAACAGUCGGCAAACUCUUCCCCACCCUCCAAGCACGAGUCGUUUCCGCCGACGGCCACGACGUCUCUCCCGGCGAGCAAGGCGAGCUCUGGCUCAAAGGCCCCACCAUCUUCCCCGGCUAUCUCAACGACCCAGAUUCCACAGCCCAAUGCUUCAGUCCCGAUGGUUUCUUCAAGUCCGGCGAUAUUGGCGCCGAAGAUGCAAACGGCAAUUUCAGAAUCACAGAUCGCAUCAAGGAAUUGAUCAAGUACAAAGGCUUUCAAGUUGCGCCCGCAGAGCUUGAGGGUAUUUUACUGGGUCAUCCGUUGGUAGCUGAUGUUUGUGUGAUUGGUGUUGAUAAUGAGGAACAGGCUACUCAAGUCCCGAUGGCUUGUGUUGUUCUGCAGCAAGGUGCUUCUGCGGAUAAGCAGUGUUCGGACGCAAUCAAGCAGUGGUUCGAUGCCAAGGUGUCGAAUGCGAAGAGACUGAGGGGUGGCUUUAUUGUGGUGGAUGAGAUUCCGAAGUCUACUGCUGGCAAGGUACUGCGUCGUGUGAUGAAGGAGCGGGUUUUGGCAAGUAGAAAGCUCAGAGCGAAGCUCUAGGUGGUCAGAAUGGAUGAAACGAUACCGUCAUUCCGUCAAAGAUUGAGCCUUGGGUUUGGUCAUCGCACCGAUCAUCAAGAGAAUACUUUGAGCAAAUGUGUAACGCAUGAAACAGAGGAAUCUAUCGAGAAAAUGUCUUCGGUGUUGCACUUUCCGCGAAUGCUGGGUCUAUGACGUGUACGUCAUUUCUCCGUACCAGUCAAAGUCACCGAAUAUAUCAUCAUCAAACAGACUAAGCAAGUACUCAUCCCCAUUGGACAUGGGCACAAUAUUCCCAGUCGUGAACGGCGCUGUCAAGUUCGCAGACGUGUCGCGAAAAGCGGUAUUCGAAGCUGUAUGAUGGGUCAGCAAAGUCUGAAGACUUGCACGUUUCUGACCCGACUAGAGAUUGAGAAAAAGGACCAAACUCACACUGAGCUUCCGACGGCUGACCAAUAGACGGCCCCUGGCCCGGACCUGAUAGACCAACCGCAGAGAACGUAUCGACGAUAUCGU